AUGGAUUUCUUUAAAUCCGUUUUCUCUGACGACCCGGAUCCUCCCGAAUCCCAAUCCGACAAUGCGCACCGAAAUGAUUUGCCAGACGCACCGAGUAAUGAUUCCUUGCCGACCGAGCACCGAUCCGAUCCUUCCGGCACCGGUGCGUGGGACUUCGGCGGCCUAUUGAAAACCCUGAGUUUGAAAUCGGAAUCAAUUAUCGAAACCUACCGUCGUGAUCUUCAGGAAUUCGGCACCGGUUUGAAGAAGGAAAUUGAGGUUGCUCAGGGGUCUUUGGAAUCGGUGGGCCACGCCAUUGAUCAUUUAGGAAACACCGUGGUCAAAGGAACUGCUCAGAUCAUAUCUCAGAGCAAGGAUGCCAUCCUCGAUUCGGAUAACGGAAACCACAAGAAAAGGCAAGGCGGCGAAAAGGGUUUGAGUUCGAAACGCUAUUGUAGAUUUGAUUCGCAGGUUCGUGGCAUCCAGGGUGACGUUAGUACUUACACGGAAGUGCCUGAGGAUUUGGAUGAUUAUAACAGGUGGAAAUCGGAGGUUUCGUUGGAAGGGAAGAGUGACGAAAUAGAGGGGAUUCUUAGAGAGAAUGAGACUAUGGAGAGCGUUUACAAAAAGGUUGUUCCCAACACUGUUGAUCGAGAAACGUUUUGGUUUAGGUAUUAUUAUAAAGUUUAUAAGCUUAAGAAAGCUGAGGAUGUGAGGGCUAGGCUUGUGAAAAGAAUGUCCAAGGAAGAGGAGGAUUUGAGUUGGGAUGUUGAUGAUGAUGAUGAUGAUGAUGUUGAUGAGGAUGAGGAUGAGCAUGAGCAUGUGGGUCAUGGUAAACCGGAGCAUGUGAUAAAGAAGGGGGUUGGUGGUGAGAAUUCUGAGUUGCAACGUGGUGGCUUUGAUGAUAGUGUGGUGGGAAAAAAGGCGAUGAAUGUGGAAGAGGUACAUAACUCUGGUGAGGAGGGGUCUAAGGUAGAAAAGAGAGAUGGUUUAUUGCAAAGUAAGGAACUUGGUGACAAGAUGGCUGAGUUUGCUGAAGAAUCGAAGGUUGAUAAGAGUUCAGGGGUUGUUCAGAAGAUGGGUUAUGGAAGCAAGGAAACUAGCAACGAAGUGGAUAACACUAGGAAUAAGAAUAACUCUGCUGCAGAUUCUGAUAAGAAAGUGAUAAUGGAGAGGACGGAUGACGCAGGAAAAUCUGCAGCGGUUGCAAGUCAGCACUCGGUGCAUGAGGAGGAGGAAGACCUUGAGUGGGAUGAGAUUGAGGAUCUUAGUAUAAUUGAUGAAAAGAAGGCAACUAGAACGGGCAGCCCAAGCAAAGUUGAUUUGCGGAAGCGCCUGAAUGCUGCACAAGAAGAAGAAGAAGAAGAAGAAGAAGACGACUUGAGUUGGGAAAUUGAAGAUGAUGAUGAGCCUGUUAAGGCGUGA